UGAAAGCUUACGGGUCGCGGGAAGUUUGAAUUCCUAUCCUUGUUUCCAGUGUGUAGUGCCGGUCUCUCGUGACAUGGCAUCCGAGUCUCUGCGUCUGUUGGACAGAAUCUCAUCUCGACUGGCUCCUAAAGAGAAUAAAGCACAGCUGUUUCCACGUUCGGGGACCCAAGGCAUUCUAAGCCCAGACUGUGAUGGAGCUGAUAGCCCUUUGUUUCCACCCUGUACACAGCAGCUGCUUCUGUCGGAUUCGGACACUGAAAGUGCCCCGGUGGAAGAUUACGUCAGCAAAUUUAAAAAUUUAAAUUUAAAAUCUGGUCACACUCCAAGGAGCACAGUGGUUAUUUUGGAUUCCAGUGAUGACGAAUUUGAGAACUUUCUGAUACAGCUGAAAACACCCAAGCAACGGUCAUGCAAAGUAUCGAAUCAUAAAAGUGGAAGUUUGAAGGAUUUCGUAAUUGAUUCCGAUGAGGAGGAUUUUGCUCCGGUUUUCCCCAGAAGUAGUAAAGGAACGAGGAGCAAGAAUGGGACCAAGAAUUCUUAUGAGAUAUCACAAUCCCCUCAAAUGAACCGGACACCCUCUACACGCAAAGUAUCUCCAGUGUUUAUAAGUGACAGUGAUGAUGAGGAUUCGGUAGUCAUAAAAAGCACAUGGCGUGACAGGACUAGUGAAAAGAAAAACCUGAAUUUGGAUAAAGGAACUAAACAGAAGCCUUCGGACAACUGUUCUGGAAAACCUCUCUCCAAAAAUAACAAGGAAAAUCGUCUGGAACAAAGAAAUGAUUCCCCUCUGGGAGGAGAUGUAUUCGAAACAAGAGAUGUACAUGUGUCUAAGCCAACUAUAUCUACAAGUUCUGAUGAUGAGUUUGACAGUCUUAUGGAACGCAUUAAAAACAGGACAAAGAACCAAACUCCAUGUUCAACAGCAAGCAAAUUUGUCCUACCCAAAAUGGCUCUAACAGAACCAACAAAAGUCCCUUGCUUUGAUUUGACGAAUACAAAAGAGAAAGGCAGAAGCCAAAAAUCAAAGUCACAGAAUGAUUCAUCUUCCAGUCCCUAUUUCCUCCCAGAGAAAAGUGACAAAGGAGGAAGAAGCGUUCAACAUGCAGAGAAACCACAUUGUGAUAGUGGGAAAGUCCGCUGCAAGGUAAUAGAUUGUUUUCUAGAAGACCUGUCUAACCCAAAGUCCGUUUAUGUGAAGUGCUUCAAGCAGAAGAAAGAGGAGUUGACAGCUAGGCUAUACAGUCUUUAUAAUCGCACAAUUUUUGACCAGAAGCUGCCUGAAAGUAUGGAAAUAAUCUGGAAUAAAAAGAUGAGGAAAACUGCUGGUUAUUGUGUAACUGGACAGAAGAAAGUCCCUCAUUUGCAGCGGUAUGCACGGAUUGAGUUGUCUGAGAAAGUCUGUGAUUCUGCAGAUCGCCUUAGAGAUACUUUAAUCCAUGAAAUUUGCCAUGCCGCUACUUGGUUAAUCAAUGGUGUUCGAGAUGGACAUGGGCAGUUUUGGAGAUUUUAUGCCAGAAAAGCUACGCUUAUUCACCCAGAGCUGCCAAUGGUGACUCGCUGCCACUCUUACGAGAUAAAUUAUAAGUAUACGUACGAGUGCUCCCGCUGCAAGAACACACUUGGUCGUCAUUCCAAAUCCCUCGAUACAGAAAAGUUUGUUUGUGCCUUGUGUAAGGGGAAGCUUGUAUUGGUGGGAUCAACUCGGAAAGAUGGCUCUCCUUCCAGCAACCAACUCACUCCAUUUGCAAAGUAUGUUAAGGAAAAUUAUGGCUCUGCAAAGAAAGGAAUGACUGGGAUGAGUCAUGCCGAAGUAAUGCGAAAACUUAGUUCUGAUUUCUCAACAAAAGCAAGAAUCACUAAUGGGAUCUGAUGAACAAAAUGUAGUUGCCCCCCCCCGUCAAUGUGACCUGGAGUGAAUCUCGUCAUGAAUUAAUAAUUUGUUAAAUAUAAUGGUUUGCCUUAAAAUACUGAAAGUUUACAUGUGUAAGAUUUUUAUUAUUAACUUCCCUACAUACGCUAAAGCCGAUUGGACCGUGAUGUCUACUGGUCUUUCGGUCUGUGGGCCUGCAACAAUUCUUAAUUGCAGUAAACGUAUUAAACCUUCACAUGUCUGUAAAUACAUAAAGCAGGUGAUCAAAACAAUGAAACAAGUGUCCUGGUAUUGUCUAGAGUUAUAUUGUGAAAGCACCAUUGAAUGUUUGUUGCCAAUUUGUCUUAAUGUGACCUUUUAUAAUGUUAUCUUUUAUGUGUUUUAUUGUAUUAUCUUAGUCAUAACAAUAAAGAAUAUUUUUGAGUAAAU